UCUCGCGAGAUUUUGGAUUUUGUGGAGACUUUGGAUGGAAAGGAGAACUUUUGCACGGUCGGGAUCUGUGUUGUUGAAUUGUUAAGGACAUUGUUCCUGACAUAUCUCUCUUUUUACCCAUUGGCGGGCAAGAUAACGGACCAAAAUCGAUUUCUGAAGUACAGCGAAUUUUUUUCUGAGAGCAAUGAGCUUUUUGUUUGGAAGUCGGUCAUCGAAGACGUUCAAGCCGAAAAAGAACAUUCCUGAGGGCUCGCAUCAAUACGAGCUCCUGAAGCAUGCAGAGGCCACGCUGGGCAGCGGAAACCUGCGCAUGGCUGUAAUGCUGCCUGAUGGAGAAGAUCUUAAUGAAUGGGUGGCUGUCAACACUGUUGACUUCUUCAACCAGAUCAACAUGCUGUAUGGGACCAUCACAGACUUCUGCACUGAGGAAAGCUGCCCACUGAUGUCUGCUGGACCCAAGUAUGAAUAUCACUGGGCAGAUGGAACCAACAUAAAAAAGCCAAUAAAAUGUUCAGCUCCGAAGUACAUCGAUUACCUGAUGACUUGGGUCCAGGAUCAGCUUGACGAUGAGACACUUUUCCCUUCAAAAAUAGGGGUUCCUUUCCCAAAGAACUUCAUGUCGGUAGCCAAGACAAUUUUGAAGAGACUUUUCCGUGUUUACGCUCACAUCUACCACCAGCACUUUGAUUCAGUUAUCCAGCUGCAGGAGGAGGCGCAUCUCAACACCUCUUUCAAGCACUUUAUCUUCUUUGUUCAGGAGUUCAAUUUGAUUGAUAGGAAGGAACUUGCACCCCUUCAAGAGCUGAUUGAGAAGCUCACCUCCAAGGACAGAUAAAUCCGCUCCUCUAUCAGCACAUCUUUUCCAGUUUCUACAGACAGCCUGGCUUUGUUCUCCGUGUGUUUUGACAGGUGUGUGGGAAUGUUUCCCCGGAGAUGGAAAUCGGCUGUUUCCAAAAACUUAGCCCUCGAUAAGCCACAACCCAUCCAUAGGUCAAGGACGUAGUGGAAUUAUAUUAAAGUUUUGUUGACGUGAUCUUAAACACUAUUUAAGUGCCUGAUAUGUCCACUUUCAAAUUUGUACAUACUGUUGCUCUAAAACUUCUUUAACAUUAUUCUUUCGGCUUUUAUAGGAGUAUAUUCGUAUUGAUGCUGUUUAGUGUUCAUUUAGAUUUGUUUCUCUUGAUUGAUUUAUUUAGAUGUACCUGGAUAAAAUAUUGAAUGAAGCACAUACAGAGUUAAAGAUGAAAUGUUUUGGCAUCUCUGAGUUUGUUUUUUAAAACUACUUCCUUUGUCUCGUGAUGUUUGGAAAUUCGGUUGUCGUUUGCAUCCGAUUUUAUCCAGCAUUCAUUGAAUGUCCUAUUGCUGUUUUGACAUGUUUCACUGGCAACUAAAGAAAUGUACCCUGGGGCCCUGGGCCUACAGUUGAAACUACAUGAAAACACUUUUAUUUCAAUGUUACUUCUAUUGUUGAGCCAAAUUCCCAGUGUUCGGAAGUUUGUCUGAAGGAAGCUGGGAUAAAAUGAGCUGACUAUGCAACAUUGGCAUGUCCUAUUAUUUAUUAGAUUUUUUUUAACACCACUCUUUCAGCAGUGUUUUAUGAAUGCCAUUAGCUAACCCAUCAAAUAUCAUUGCGUGAACCAGAAUCAACCCUAAUGGGAAUGAUGCAUUUCUCCUGCCUUUAAUCCAACUGUUUUGUGUUUUUCAAGGACCAUAAUAAAACCUUCCAUUUAAAACGCAAGACAAGGAGGUGAAUGCAAGUUGAGAUCAAAGUUGAAAGUCUGUAAUCUAUGUGAUCCGAUUUACACGUCCGCAAAUGUACAAUUUAAACACUGCAUCCUUUUGGUAUGUAUAAAGUUUUACCCCAUGAAUGUUCAUUUAUCCAAAUGUUGCAAGAGAUUAUUGUUAUUUUGAAUUUAUGGCUAAAAUGUUUCACAGCUACUACCACUUUAUUUUAAAAACAAUACAAGAUUGACUAUAGACAAAUGUACAUUUUUGAAGGCAAGUUGUAAAUAAUGUAAACAGAUAAAUUAUGCUGUUGGAAUAACAUGAAUGCUGAACUUGCUGACUUUUUGUGGUACAAUGCUGAAUGCUGUUUAUAGGAUAAUAAACCUUGUUUGACACAACGUGACUUUAUAUAGUUUUCUCCUACAGCACAAGAUCUUAUUGAGCAGAUUUUGAAACGUAGUUGCUUGUUAUUUAAUAAAUUAAAAAGAUAUUUCUAAUUUAAA